AUGAGGGCGGAGCAGCAUGUGAGGAAGCUGAGGGAAGAACGUCCGGAGCUGCUGGGGGAGAAAAUGGUAAAAGAAGCCGUGAGAGGAGCUGAGACGGGUGUGAGGAGCAUAAAAGUAGGGAUGGCGUGCGACUGGGGGACAGGAGACCUACGGGUAGGAGGAUGGGAAGGUCCAGUGUGGGACAAAGCCCAGGAGCAAGAGGAAGCAGAGAGGGAGAGCAAGGAAGUGGGGGCAUGGGAGUGCCUGCCUGUGGGGGAAGAAAGGCAGCAUACAAUGGAAAAUGCGACGAGUCAGGAAGCAGAAGAGGGCGUGAAGACGGGACAAGAUAGAUGCAAGGGUGAGAAGGAGAAAGCAGCAGGAGUACAAGGACAGAAGCAGGUAACGCAAGAGGGGUUUCUUCCGACACCGGUCGGGAGCGACAACGAGGUGGAAGAGUGGCAUGCUGGUGAUUCCGACAACGACGGAGGUAAAGAUGCGCAUGGUAACAACGCGGAGGCAGCGGCGGAUGCACAGGAAGCGGCGGUGGAUGCGAAUGAGGAGGCUGAUGACGAGGCGGGGGCGGAACUUGAGACAUUUGCGCCUGCGGAUGCGGCCGCAGUUGCGGAUGCGGAAGGCGAGGAAGGCGGCGACGACGACCCAUGGAGCUUUGGGACCGACGACGAUGUCCCGCUACUGAAGCGGAGGCUGCGCCAUCGCCUACAGUCCAAGUCAAAGCGGGCCCGCGUGGUGCUCUCUGACGACGACGGUCCGGGGGAGGAGCGUCGCCCGAUAUUCACCGCUGCGGAGAAGGGGAAAGCCAAGGUCGCGGAAGCCCCUGCUAAGGCCCCUGCUAAAGCCCCUGCUCGUCGCCGCACAAGCAACAAGAAGCUGACAUCCGACGGAGACCCGGGAUCCAGCAAGGGUGCGGCUAAGAAGAAGGCGAAGAAGGCGCCGAAUCCUGACGACAUCGUCGUGAACGAGCCGCUGGGCAGCGACGAUGAGUACGCGGCGGCGGCGGGCCCGAUUCCCACGUUCCCUGAGAAGGACAACGGGUGGAUGGACAAGACCGCUGUGCAGACCUGGCUGUCCAAGGAGGUGCUGCCCCAUCUGAACCCCCAGCGCGGCCAGAACGCAAGGCGAGCGAUGCUGGUGCUGAACUCCUACCGCGGUCACAUCACCCAGACCAUGCUUCAGUCGUACCGCACGCACAGCAUCACCCCUGCAGUCAUCCCAGCGGGUUAUACGAGCCAGAUUCAACCCCUGGACGUCUCCAUCAACCGGUGCUUCAAGGCUGCUGUGCGAGCGCGCUACGCCAGGUGGUUCAUGCGUGAAGGGAUUCACCUGAAGACGAAGAAGGGGAACCUGCGGAGGCCUCCGCACCCCGUGGUGCUGCAGUGGAUUGUGGAGGCUUGGGAUCAAGUCCCCAAGCAGAUCAUCAUCGACGCGUUCCGCCACUGUGGGAUCUCGAGCAAGCUGGACGGAACAGAGAACCACCUGGUGAUGUCUCACCUGCGCGCCAGGAGCACCACCGAUGUCUCCGCGGACAUGUCUCUCGGGGGGACCACAGGCGACAACACGCGCCUGCUCGGUCGGGCUCCAGAGGAGGAGGAGGAGGCGAUGCAGGCGGAGGGCGUGCGGGAGGUGGCCGUGGCAACUGGCCUGGAGGUGCUGUACCAGGAGACCCCCAACUACCGCGGAGCGGCGGCCGAGGCUGACCGCAUGAUCGAGCCUAGGGAGACGGCUAGGCAUGCCUGGCGAGUGCCAGACCUGGGUGUAGAGCCUGAUGUUAGUGCAGGUGAGGAGGCGGUGACUGAGGGGGGUUAG